AUGCCCGGGCGCAGGCGCCUUCCAGCGGGGUCGCGAACUGACCUUCCGCCCUUGAAAAUCAUCCGCAAGAUCCUCCUACUUCAAGUAGCCUAUUAUGUCUGCGCGACGGUCCUCAUCCUCUUCACGACGGUUGUCUACGGUGCACCGUUCUCGCUAGACUUAGUCUUUGGAUGGGAUAAAUUGCGCGGAGAUACAACUGUCGGUUGGAUGCUGGGUUUAGUAUGGAUGCUUAACUGUUUUAUCAGUGUAAUCUUCCUCCUCCUCUUCGUCUCCCGCUCAAAACUCGUCCCAGAUUUCGCUCUAACGAUCCACUUCCUUCACCUCGUCGCUACAAUCCUCUACACACGCUCACUACCUGCAAACCUCCUCUGGUGGGCUCUCCAAUUCGCUAGCGCAGCAAUGAUGACCUUCCUAGGCAUGUGGGCGUGCCAACACCGUGAACUGAAGCCGAUUAGUUUUGGCGGAAUAGGAGUAGGAGGUGGAAGUAGUAGUGCUGAACGAUCUUCGCAGGCUGGGGAUCCGCAGCAGGAACCCAGCUUUGGAAGGGGUCGUGGGAGAGAAAGGAGUAUACAGGAGUAUGAAAUGGAUCAGAUGAAAGCUAAUGGGGAACAUCCCGUAUAA